CUCCUGGGGCGGCGGCGGCGGCGGCGGCGGCGGCUCGGGCUUGGCUCCGCGUCGGGCUGGCUCCGCGGCCGCUCAUGGGCAGCCAGGGCGGCUUAGGGCCCCCCGGGAACGGCGGGCCCGGCGAGGGCGAGAGCGGGGAGACGAGGAAACUGCAGGAAGGGAGAGCCGCGAGGGGAAAGCGGAGGAAAGGGAAGGGGAAGGGGAAAGCAGGAGCAGGGCAAGGCGGAUGAGGAAGCGGGGCGGAAGGGAAGCCGCAGCCGCCACAGGCAAAGGAGGCAGCGGGGCUGGGGGCCGAGGCGGGAGAGAGGGUAGGCCUGGGAAAGGUAGGAGAGGGAGGCGGAAGCGUAGAGGAAGGGGCGAGAAGGAUCGUCAGGGGAGAUGAGGGGAGUGCAGGGGCGCGGAAGGAGGCCAAAGGAAGAUAUGAUGGGAAGAAGGAGGAGUGGAGGGUCAGAACUGGACAGCGGGAGGAGGCCAGGCUGGCGAGAGCACAGGGACGAGGGGGUCAGGCUUGGGGCCGCCUCGCUGGGACAGGGGCGGCCAUGGCGGCGGCGGCUGAGGAAGAGGCGGGAGCCCGGGAGCCUGCCGGCCGCCCCGCCGUGGGGCCCGCGCUCCUGCGCCUGCCGGAGGAGCUGCUGCUGCUCAUCUGUUCCUACCUGGACAUGCAGGCCCUCGGCCGCCUGGCUCAGGUGUGCCGCUGGCUGCGGCGCUUCACCAACUGCGACCUGCUCUGGCGCCGGAUAGCCCGGGCCUCGCUCAACUCCGGCUUCACGCGUCUCGGCACCGACCUGAUGGCCAGUGUACCAGUGAAGGAACGGGUGAAGGUAUCUCAGAACUGGAGGUUGGGGCGUUGCCGAGAGGGGAUUCUGCUGAAGUGGAAAUGCAGUCAGAUGCCCUGGAUGCAGCUAGAGGGUGAUUCUCUGUACAUAUCCCAGGCUAAUUUCAUCCUGGCCUAUCAGUUCCGCCCAGAUGGUGCCAGCUUGAACCGGAGGCCCCUGGGAGUCUUUGCUGGGCAUGAUGAGGACGUUUGCCACUUUGUGCUGGCCAACUCGCAUAUUAUCAGUGCAGGAGGAGAUGGGAAGAUUGGUGUUCAUAAGAUUCAUAGCACCUUCACUGUCAAGUACUCAGCCCAUGAACAGGAGGUGAACUGUGUGGAUUGCAAAGGGGGCAUCAUUGUGAGUGGCUCCAGAGACAGGACGGCCAAGGUAUGGCCUUUGGCCUCAGGCCGGCUGGGGCAGUGCUUACACACCAUCCAGACUGAAGACCGAGUCUGGUCCAUUGCUAUCAGCCCACUGCACAGCUCCUUUGUGACAGGGACAGCCUGUUGUGGGCACUUCUCACCCCUAAGAAUCUGGGACCUCAACAGUGGGCAGCUGAUGACGCACCUGGGCGGUGACUUUCCCCCAGGGGCGGGGGUGCUGGACGUCAUGUACGAGUCCCCUUCCACACUCCUGUCCUGUGGUUACGACACCUACGUUCGCUACUGGGACCUCCGAGCCAGUGUCCGGAAGUGUGUCAUGGAGUGGGAAGAGCCCCACGACAGCACCCUGUACUGCCUGCAGACGGAUGGGAACCACCUGCUGGCCACUGGCUCCUCCUACUACGGUGUCGUGCGACUGUGGGACCGGCGCCAAAGGGCCUGCCUACACGCCUUCCCUCUGACGUCGACGCCCCUCAGCAGUCCUGUGUACUGCCUGCGCUUCACCACCAGGCAUCUCUACGCUGCGCUGUCUUACAACCUCCAUGGCCUGGACUUUCAAACCCCUUGACAGGGCCACCCCAGCCUGUGGGCCAGAGAAGCCAGCUACUCAGGGACCUCUGCUGCCUGCAGGGUGCAGUGAUACCUCCUCCCCGGCCCCGCCUGUGUUCCUAGACCUGUGACCAUGGUACUCAGGCGCCUUAAGAUAAAGGCUGCUGACUCCUGCGCACUGGAGCUACCCAGGGGUGCAAUCCCUCUCAGGAACCAGGUGGAAAGAAGGGACCUGCUGCUGCUCGGCUGAACUUAGCUGGGCCUCGCUUCCCUGUUGGCCAGAGCAAGGAUCUGGCCUGGGGAGAGAGGCCCACCCCUUCUUAGAGCUGGGCCAGCUCAACACAAGAGUGAGGUGAGGUGCUCCAGCCUUCCCAGUUGGUCCCUUCCUGCCCCUUCCCUGGAAGGAGAGGGGAGGCUGCCGAUACCCUGUGACAAGCCUCCACCUCAGUCAGACCCCACCCUUGACCAAGCUCUUGGGCUGGGGACUCAUUCCUGGGGUACUGUGGCCUGGUCUUGCUUUGAAACCAAGAAAGGACAAAGGGAACCCCCAAAUUUUGAAUGAGUUCUGAGUCAGCCCAACCUCAGGCUACCUGUUGAGACAUGCUAAAAUGUUCAUUUUGUAGAAAUAAAGCUUGAUU